UUUCUUUCAUAUCAAAGGGCAAAAGUCAGAGUAAGGGAGACAUAGUUCAGGGUGAUUGCUAGGAAGCCUGUGGUUUAGGCAGUGUGAACGAUUCAUCAUCGUCAUUAUUUUACUUUCACUCCCUCCAGCAUGGCCUUCCUUCUGCAAGCAUUUCAGAGGGCUUCUGCUGGGGCUUUCUUGUUAGCACUUUGGGGUGUGACUGGAGGUGAGAAGCUGCUGGUUGUUCCUCAGGAUGGGAGCCACUGGCUUAGUAUGAAGGAGAUAGUUGAGCUUCUCAGCGAGAGGAGACACGACAUUGUGGUGUUGGUGCCAGAAGUGAAUUUGCUUCUGAGGGAAUCCAAAUACUACACAAGAAAACUCUAUCCAGUGCCGUACCCCCAGGAAGAGAUGAAGGACCGAUACCGCUCUUUUGGAAACAGCCAUUUUGCUGAGAGAUCUUACCUGAGCACCGCUCAAACAGAGUAUAGGAAUGUCAUGAUUGUUAUCAACAUGUACUUUACCAACUGCGAGAGCCUCCUGAAGAACUCGGAGACCCUGCAAUUCCUCAAGGAGAGUAAGUUCGAUGCCCUUUUCACAGACCCAGCCUUGCCCUGUGGUGUGAUCCUGGCUGAGUACCUGGGCCUGCCCUCUGUGUACCUCUUCCGGGGCUUCCCAUGUGCCCUGGAGUACAAGUUCAAUGGAAGCCCAAGCCCCAUGUCCUACAUUCCCAGGUACUAUACUCAGUUCUCAGACCAGAUGACUUUCUGCCAACGGGUGGCCAACUUCCUCACUAAUUUGUUGGAGACCCCUCUACUUUACCUUCUGUUUUCAAAGUACCAAGAUCUUGCCUCAAAUCUCCUCAAGAGAGAAGUGGACUUAGUCAGUUUGUAUCAGAAGGGCUCCAUUUGGCUGUUAAGGUAUGACUUUGUGUUUGAGUUCCCCAGGCCAGUCAUGCCCAACAUGGUCUUCAUUGGAGGGACCAAUUGCAAGAAGGUGGAACGUCUAGCUCAGGUUGGUGGUUUUACCUAUUUUUGAUUGCCCUGUUUCUUAGAAAGUAGACAGAAAUCAUUCAUAUGUGCUCUGUCUUUCCUUAUUCAAUCAGCCUCUCCAGCCCACCUGGGAGGGCUGCCUGAAGAAAUGGUGGUCUUCCUUCCAAUAAAGGGGAAAGGGCCUCCAGGUGAGGAGCAGAGGGGGCGGUAAGACAUUUGAAGCUGAGCUGAUGCAGAGGAUUUGGAUGAAGACAAGACUGGUGUUAGGGUACCUGGGGAGAGACUCAGAAUCAUAGAAUGAACCCUUAUGGACUGUUUAGGAGACAGAAGAGAAAGAUUGCCCAAGGGGACCAGAGCUGGGAGGCCAGUUCAUGUCAAAACCCAUUCCCAAACUCUGUUCCAUGCAAUUUCCCUGGGCUUUUCUAAGCCAGGGACCAACAAACUACAGCCUGUGGGCCAAAUCUGGCCAGAGGCCUGGUUUUGAAUGACUCAGCUAAGAACAGUUUUUACAUUUUUGAAGGGAUGUUAAGCAGCAAGAACAUCAUACACAAUAUGUGACAUAUAUGGUCUGCAAUGCCUGCAUAGUUUUAUUUGGCUCUUUAGAGAAAAAGUUUGUGGAACCCUGACCUGGAGUUCCCAGAGUUACUUUGUUUUGAUGAGUAGGAUUGUUAGUCUCCUUUGUGGUUACCUUAAUAUUUACCCCUAUUUUUCUAGGUUUAAGACUAACUUUUAUUUCUUUACAUUGCCUUGAAUUCCUCUCCGUAUGAAAGAUCUAUGACUACAUUUUUUAAUUCUUCUUUAUUGUUUUAAUGUUGUCUUCUUUUACAUAAUAACAUCAUUGUUUUCCUGUUUUCCUUGAUUUAUUUUUGUGAUUUCUCUGUCUGGGUUGACAUCUGAUUGCUCUGCCCAGUGUUCUAGUCUUGGUUUGAUACCCGAUAUUAUUGGGUUUUUAAGAAUUCCCUAAACUUUUGUUUAUCUAGAAAUGUCCUAAUUUCACCAUCAUAUUUGGGAGACAGUUGUGCUGGAUAUAUGAUUCUUGGCUGGCAAUUUUUUCCUUCAAUGCUUUUUAUAAGUCAGCCCAUUGCC